AUGGAGCAUCAUGAAGGAAAACUGAAAUCAAUAACAUUACAAGAAAAGUUAAAGCUAAUAGAAAUAGUAGAAAGUGGAAUGUCAGUUAAAGAUGUGGCGGAAGAACAUUCAGUUAACCGAAAUACGCUUCACUAUAUUUUAAAGCAUCGGGAAAAGAUUCGUAAUAGUUUAAUUAAUAAGCCAAGUAUAUCACGAUUCAAACGAAUCAAACAAACUAAAUCUCCAGAGUUAGAAAAACGUAUUCUUGAGUUCAUGUAUGAGUCUAGAGCUAAGAAUGAGAAGUUAUCUGGAAGCAUAAUCAAGACAAUUGCGUUAACAAUUGCUUCUGAAUUAGGGGUAGAAAAUUUUCAUGCAAGCAAUGGUUGGCUGUUCAGUUUCUUCAAAAGGAAUAAUAUUUCAAUGAAUAGUUUCAAUCAAGGAGUAGAACUAAAUCCAAAUCCAGUAGAACCAAAAGAAAAGUCAAAAAGUAAAACAUCAGCCAAAGAUUUUAUCAUCGAAGAAAUUCCAAUGAAAGAAGAAAAUCAAGAAAUCGACAUAAUAAUAGAGGAUCAUGUCAUUGAUGAAAUCACCUCACAAGAAAACUUAGAAGUUGACAUGAAUGAAAUUGAAUCGAUCGAUUACGCUUUUUCAGAGGAAGAACACAACGUAGAAGAAUCUUCUGAUAUUACUCCAGCUAAGUUUGAAAGUGAAGCAUCAGAAGAUGUACCAUGGCGUAGUUGGUGUCGUUUAUGUGGAUUUUAUGAGUCUACAGAACAUUUGGAAAUUCAUCAAAUAGAUUUAGUGCAACAACUUUUCCACAUUUCUGUGGAUGACAUUCGAGUUUGCGAUGAAUGUCUAUCAACGAUUAAUAAUAUCUCAAAGUUAUAUCACAAUUCUCGUGUUGUAGAAAAUAUGCUUUUGGAAUUUGAAGAACGUAACAAAGCUUGUACAUUGACUAAGAAUGAGAUUUCGAAAAUCAGACAAGAUUUCGGUUUCGAUGAUCAAAAUUAUGAUGAGAUUGAAAGAGAUUCGGAAAUUCAUGAAAGUGACUCAAUUGAUGAAACAUGUGAAGAGAACUAUGAAAAUGUGGAAGUUCUUUCAGUGACAGAGGAAAAUUAUUUCAAAAGUGACGAUCAAGAUGAAGAAGAGAUUGGAUUUGAAGAAAUUGUUGAUUCUGUUGAAAUAAGUGAAUUACCGAAUGAGGAAAAAGAGAAAACAAUUGAAAAUGCAGUAGUAGAAGAUGAUUACAUUUACAAAUGUCAUAUCUGUGAUGAAAUAUUUGAACGAAUGUGCUUUUUGUCGAAUCAUACAAGAACAGUUCAUCAGACAACUCCUAAAGUUGAAUGUUCUUGCGGACACGAUGAAAAAUAUUCCUUUAAAUGUGACAUUUGUGAUAAACGAGUCGUCAACAAAUGGAGCCUUAAAUAUCACAUUGAAACAAUUCAUGAAAAUGCGAAGAAACAUUUCUGUCAUUUAUGUGGCCGUGGUUUUGGCAAUAAAUCGAAUUUAAGAUCACACGUCAUCAGUCACUCAACAGAAAAUGUCAUAUGCUCGACUUGUGGUGGAAAAUUCAAGAAUCGAAUCAGCUUGCAAAGUCACAAGAAGAUUCACAAGCCAGAAAAUCUAAGAAAUUUUGCUUGCAUGAAAUGCAAUAAAACUUUUCAUAAUCGUCAUCAUCUUCAACGUCACAUGGUUUCACACACUGAAGAGAGAUCUUUCAAAUGUCCUUAUUCUGAUUGUAGAAAUGAAUACAAAUGGCAGAAAGAUUUAAAGAAUCAUUUAACGAGCGUUCAUCUGAGCGAACGUCCUUAUAAUUGUCAUUUUUGUGAACGAAACUUUGUCGACAAUGUGAGUGUUAGAAAACAUCGACUAAAAGAACAUCCAAAAGAAUUGGCAGAUUUUGAAUUAAAGUAUGGAAAAGGACGAAGGAUUGACGCGAUCUUUUCAGAGAAUUUUGAUAUGACUUACGAUAAUGAAACUGAAAUUGUUGAAUGA